GCACAACAAGCAGACAGGGCCCAUCCGCAUCUUACCCCUUUUCCCCCAUCUCCUCCGUCCAUUCUCUCUCUCCGGUUCCGUUCUUUCGGUUUCUUACGUUUCCGUCCUGCUUCUCAAUUCUCUCACUCCUCUUUGUCAACGUUUGGAAUCGAGGAGAACUGAGGCACUCGAGCGCUUUUUGCUGUCGUCUGAAUUCUAGUAAAUAUGUAUUUUGACGGCUAUGGAUACCAUGGAACAUCAUUUGAGCAAACAUAUCGGUGUUACCCUGCAUCUUUUAUCGAUAAGGCACAGAUAGAAAAUGGUGACAAAGUUAUCAUGCCUCCUUCAGCUCUUGAUCGUCUCGCAUCGCUUCACAUUGACUACCCUAUGUUGUUCGAGCUCCGGAAUGCUGCUACUGAGCGUCUUUCCCAUUGUGGGGUUCUGGAAUUUAUAGCUGAAGAAGGCAUGAUAUAUAUGCCUUACUGGAUGAUGGAGAAUCUACUGUUACAAGAAGGAGAUUUCGUGCGAGUGAAAAAUGUGACUAUCCCAAAGGGUACAUAUGUUAAAUUGCAACCCCACACUAAGGACUUUCUGGAUAUCUCCAACCCAAAAGCCAUAUUGGAGACAACGUUGAGGAACUUUUCAUGCUUGACGACAGGGGAUAGUAUAAUGGUGGCUUAUAACAACAAAAAAUAUUACAUAGACAUUGUAGAGUCGAAGCCUUCUCAUGCUAUAAGCAUUAUCGAAACUGAUUGUGAAGUGGACUUUGCUCCUCCUCUCGAUUACAAGGAACCAGAAAAACCCGCCCGACCAAUUCCAACUGGCAAAGCACCAGCUGAAGAACCUCCGGCCGAGCCAGAACCGAAAUUCAAUCCGUUUACUGGUCCUGCAAGAAGAUUGGACGGUAAACCUUUGAAAAUGCAGCCUCCUCAACAAGCGACGGCAUCGUCUGGUGGGUCCCAAGAUAAAAGGAGCAAUGCAGUAUCUAGCGGAGCAGGAGCAGGUGCACCAUCCAGUUCGAGCUCACAAAGCACUAAUCGCCAGUCUCAGGGAAAGCUAGUCUUCGGUUCAAAAGAAACACCAAAGGACACUUCGAAAGAGAAGGCUAAUAAGCCAGAGCCUCCAAAGACUGAAGAGGAGCCGAAAUUUCAGGCUUUCAGUGGGAAGAAGUACUCGUUAAAGGGUUGAUUGUCUGUAUAUCUAUCUAUCUCUAUCUAUCUAUUUAUCUGCACAUCUAUAACUUAUGUUUUUCUUCAUUUUGUCUAUUUAUGGCCCGAAACUCUAGUGAAAACUGAAUUCAACCGUGACCGUGUGUGAUGGUUAAAAAAAGGAUUGGAAUAGUCGGUUCUUGUUCCGAAUUUGAAAAACCGAAAUACAACCGUUAACUCGCUCUUGUAUUAUUAUACCAGUUGAAUGGUCAAAGCCUGCUCAGUGAAUUUUCUCGUUAAUUCUGCU